GCGUGAAGCAAGGAGAUAUCAAGAAAGUCAGUGUUAAGAUCCACAGGAGUUAAGUGAUUUAUGAUGCUAAGUUUUUAUGUUACAGUCUAAGAUCUGCAAGGAAGAAGUAACCAAAGACUUUAUAAAGCUCUGGUUUGGCCCCAUUUGGAGUACUGUGUCCAGUUUUGGGCCCCACACCUCAGGAAGGACAUUCUGGCACUGGAGCGUGUCCAGCGGAGAUUCACACAGAUGAUCCCUGGAAUGGAGAGCUUUGGCAACUGAGUGGACACUGUUGGAGAUCUUUUGAGUAAUCGAUGAAUCCAGCCAUUACCAUGGCAUCGAUUGUCCACAUAUUGGCUGCUGUUUUUGGAAUGGGCUCCUGGAUAGCGAUCAACGGCCUCUGGGUAGAGCUACCUCUCAUUGUGCCAGAAAUACCCGAGGGCUGGUACCUCCCAUCGUACCUCACCAUCAUCAUCCAGUUUGCUAAUGUGGGGCCUUUGUUUGUCACGUUGAUGCACAAGUUUUCACCCAGAAAGCUGAAUGAGUCUGCUGUGAUCUAUGCCAUUGUCUGCUUAGGCAUUGCAGCUUCCUUUCUAUUGCCUUUCUUCUGGAAAGUGACUAGCGUGUUGGCUGGUGCAGUGCACAGCACGGCACUCCUUGUCUUGGCGUUUUUCCUCUCGUUGGUGGACUGUACAUCUUCAGUGACCUUCCUGCCCUUCAUGACCCGCCUGCAGCCCAAGUACCUGACCAGCUAUUUCAUCGGAGAGGGCCUCAGUGGGCUGGUCCCGGGUCUUGUCGCAUUAGGCCAAGGUGUUGGAGUUGUUAGUUGCGUCAACACCACCAAAAGUACAACUGGCAACAUGUCAUCAAACGUGACUGGUGAUGGCAGCAACAAUUACAGUAUUGUAGCUCGAUACCAGCCAGCCAACUUUCCACCAGAGAUUUUCUUCUUUUUCCUCAGCGGUGUGAUGGCGCUAUGCUUGGUGGCAUUUAUUCUCCUCAACUACCUCCCACAGUCCUGUCAACAGCGAACAACCAGUAAAUAUGUUAAACAGACAGAGGCUGCCAACGGAGGGGCAGAAUUGAACAAAAUAGAGGUGACAGAACAGAGACCCAUGAUCAGUCCUUCAGACAGUCAACAUGAAGCCAGGAUGAAAGCCAUUUUUGGGACUGGGAAGUACUCCCGCUCAGAGAUGGUCCUGAUCUUCCUAAUCCUAGGAUGGGUAAAUGCACUGACCAAUGCUGUCCUUCCUUCUGUCCAGUCUUACUCAUGCCUACCAUAUGGGAAUUUGGCCUAUCACUUGUCCGCUGCCCUUGGUGCCAUGGCCAAUCCACUGGCCUGUUUCAUUGCCAUGUUCUACACAAACCGAUCGCUGCGAUUGAUGGGAUUUCUGACACUCACAGGCACUGGCAUGGGAUCCUACAUCAUGGUUAUGGCAGUCCUCAGCCCGUGCCCCUGGCUGGUUCAGACUCGGGCUGGCAGUAUCCUCAUAGUCAUGUCAUGGAUCCUAUUUGUUGGAACGCUGUCAUACGUGAAGGUGAUGAUUGGUAUCAUUCUGCGUGAUGAAGGUCACAGUGCCCUCGUCUGGUGUGGAGCAGUGGUGCAACUGGGCUCUAUGUUGGGGGCGCUCACCAUGUUCCCCCUGGUCAGCAUCUACAACCUGUUUCAAUCUGGUGACCCAUGCAACACCAAGUGCUUUCUGUAAUUGACACCUACAGACAGUUGGAGGGCAAAAUAAAAUAAAAAGGUAGCAAUAGACUGGAGAUUAAGGAGGACCUACAACCUGUUUACUCGUACCAUGGGGAGAUUACGAUACAGAUGUCAGUCAAAGCUUCUGUCUCAAGUAUUUGCCAUCCCUAGGUAACAUUAGAAUUUACUGAGGUUGGAGCGAUUUCUCCCAGUAUUAUGUCAUAAUUUCAGAGGUGAGAAUAGAGGUCAGCAAGAGCCCCCGAGAUGCAAUCAUUUCUUCCCUUCAUGUCCAUAUAUUCAGAAAAGGAUGGCAACCAAAGUGAUGCAUUGUUCUUGGGAAUUUUAAUUUAUCAAAAAAAGGUUUGAAUUGGUUGCUUUGUUCAGUUUGUAGAAUGCUAGUUCUUCUGUUUCUAUGGAAGGGAAGUAAAAUUAAAUGGAUGAUUGUAUGCCUAGGCAGGGAUGGAAUCAGUGGGAGGACCUUUGAGGGACCAUUCUCUUUGAGCAAAAAUGGAAGGUAUUCUGCUCAGAGUAUGAUGCUGCGUAAUUUUAAAAUAUAAAAUUAAAUGAGAUAAACUGUACUUUUCUCUACCUUGGUCUCUGAUUUAUUCCCUUCUGUUGCCUUUAUCCCAACUCUUGCUAUUUGUGUAUUAAGAAAUAUUUAAUGACUCAUCCUCUGGUUCUAGUUUUUAGUGAUUUUAAUUAAAGACUUGACAGAUUUUAUUUCAAACUGGCUUGGCAUACAAAAUAUUAUA